GGCUUGCAGACCCAAAAUGUUUUAUAUUUUUCACUUUUUACAGCCUGGGAUGGUUUUUGGAAUUAUAAAUUUGUGAACAUUCAAUGCCAUCUCCACUGAGCAAAGUUGCCCGACUUCAAUGCCUUUCCUGUUGACCCGCAUUUCACUUUAUGGGACAGUUCGACAGCCUUUCCCCGCCGGCUGAAUCCCGAGGUGAUAAUGAUGCUCACCGGCCGUAUGCAAGGUGGUUUUUUUAGACCCUCCUGAGUUUUUCGAAUCCAGGAGUAAUUUAAAAAAGUCGCAGAACCAUCCUAAUAGAAAAAGUCGCCAAUAUCUAUCCGGCUUUCUCGAUAAAGGAUUUAUUCAACCAUUUUGAGCACGCAAGCGACGAUAAACUUGUCUCCAAGGAAACGGCCGUCAACGGUCUGUAGAGAUCUGGAGGCGAGCAUCCUGAUUUGUGCACGGUUGCUAGGGAACACAAGAGAGUUCAAUACAGAUGCCGCCAAAAUGGCGGACUGCAGGGAUGAGUUGACUUUUCUGCCGGUCGUUAAAGCCAACACGUCCAAAGAAGGAAAGAAGAAUAAGCGAGUAGGAUUCAAAAAUACUCACAAGCCGUUGAUACUGCCAAGCUUGGAACUUAGCACUGUUGAUGUGCAAUUAGUGAGCAGUUUGUUCUCUCACAAACAAAUCUGCAAGAAGGUGUGCGAAUGGUUCACUGGCUGGAGAUCUUGGCAACAACGGAUUUUAUUAUGCGGUGUAUCUGACAAGUGUACCAAGGGCCAGCUACAGGCCUUAGUGACGACUCUUGAACCAGUGUUUCACAGAGAUUUUGCGGCCAGACUGAAAGGAAUUUACCCAACAAGUCUCUUACAAUCUCGACUAGUUCGAACUGCUCCAGUAGCUAGUGAGGCAGUCCAAGCUAACCAAGGCUUUAGCGCGGAACAGCUAAUGAUCGCUCUUCAACCUUCGCAGGAAAUAGAUCGGAUUAAUUCUUCAAAUAUGGUAACAGAAAAAGGAAAUGUUAAAGACGGGGAUUCAGACAGUUUUCAGAGUGAAUCAGGGGGGGUUCAGAUGAAUUUGAGUGAUACAAACAUUGCAGACAGGGGGACUCUCGGCCAGACGGAGUCCCCCAUCUCCCCCGAAGGGGGUUCACCUAUGACAGCAUCAGCCCAUACUGUACAAUUAGCUAUAGAUGUGGAGGAAAACCGCCGGCAUGAACAUGCUCCACCGUUUUCAAGGAGAGUGAGCACGCCAAAUUUUUUCUCAAACUUUAAUCAUCGACAGCUUGGAAAUAUGAAAACCACCUUGAGGACUGGCGAUACUGAUAAGCUAUAUGGAUAUGCACCAGUUACCUUUAAACAUGACAAGUGGUGGGAAGGUCACAAGGGUGCCCGGCUCAUGAAGCCACACAAGAGUAAACUGUCAAAUCAUUUUAAAUCACAAAUCUCUCAGAUUCACCAGUGGCUAGAUGAUUGGCAGACACAUGAGAGAGUGGAACUACUGUCAGAAGUGGUGAAGUGUUGUGAUGAUGAAUGUCUCAAUUUCUUUGCUCAGUGUUUGGCUCAAAGGCUCAGAGAUCGAACAGAUUUAAACUGUGUUCCAGACCAUGUUCUGCUCAACAUAUUUUCUUAUCUCAAUGUCCGAAGUCUGUGCCAAAGUUCUCGGGUAAGUUUCAUUGAGAAGAGUUGGAAUAAUGUACUGUACCAAGCAUGCGAAAGAGUGUUUUAUCACAUUUCCAGAAUCAAAGAAAGAGCCAAUGAGGGAAUUGCUGACUUGACACGAAAAAUUGAAGUCCUUGGUCAAGGUCAGGCUGUCGAUUGGAAACAAGCUUAUAGAGAAGUACAUACUUACUACAAGCAACUGGCCAUGUCCAGACCAUUUGCAGAUUUUUUUUGUCAAGUUUUGCUGGCAACUUUUGGGGAACAUUUUACCUCUGGGUGGGGAGAGACAAAUAAACAGUACCUUAUCAAAGAACUUGACACAAUGACCCCACUCAGGUGCACUCUUGGAUCUCUGAAUCAGAAAAACAAUACACUGACCAUGGAGGCUCUCUCUACGUGGUGCGGACCUGUGAAGUUAGGUCUUUGUAAGCAUUGCAGUUGUGACAUAUUGUACUUCAAGGAUAUCACUGUUACAGUUUGCACUGUUUUCCCUCCCUUGGAUUUAGUUGAAAUAGAAUUAACUCAUUCCAUGGAAGACAUUGGUCCUGCGCAGUCUGCAACCACCACAGAUCAAAGGGACCAUGCAAACGAGUUUGCAGCCUCAGAGUUUGAUGGAAAUGAUUUGACUGGCGGCAACUUGAAGAUGCUGACCCACAGUCUCAAGGCGCUGGCUCAAGAAGGAGACAAACCACAAGAUGCAGACGUAGCUUUGGAUGUGAGGCCUACUUUAGUACAGGCAUCAAAUCUUUUGGAAGGCGAUCGAGAACCAAGAAAACACAAAUUCCGCUAUCUAUCACUUGCUGUCCAAGGUGUUUUUGCUGUUCAAAGAGUCCGGAGGCUACAGGGACACAUGGAUGCAGUUCUUUGCUUACAGUUUGAUAAGAGAAGAAUUAUUACAGGAUCUGCUGACCGCACAGUACGAGUGUGGGAUGUGAGAAGUGGGCGAAGUAUCCACAAGCUGAAAGGACACAAGGGUGGAGUGCGUUGUUUGCAGUUUGACGACGAAAAAAUAAUCAGCGGCUCCUGGGAUAUGACUGUCAUGGUUUGGCAUAUUGUGAAGUUUCACAGACUUAAAGUGCUUUUUGGUCACAAGGGAUGUGUUUCUUGUUUGCAAUUCAAAGACGAAAUUUUAGUCACGGGGUCACAUGACCGUACCGUUCGUAUCUGGAGUACAGCCACGUGGGAGUGCGAAGGUAUUCUUGAAGGCCAUGAAGGUGCGGUCACAAGUCUUCAGUUACAGGGAGAGCAUGUUGUUAGCGGUUCUGUUGAUAGAACUUUAAAAUUAUGGGAUCUAAAGACAAGAAAGUGUCUUCAGACAUUUGUUGGACAUUCGGAUGCUGUACUCGCCUUAACGGUGCUUGGCAACCUGGUCUUAAGUGGAUCCGCGGACGGUAUGAUUUUGUUCUGGAACCUGGAAACUGGAGAAUGCGAGGUUGCUAUUCAGGGUCACGAGGGCCCAGUCCACUCUCUUGAUUACAACGAUCAUCAGCAUUUCUUCUCGUCCGGAGGGGACCAUUUGUUGAAAGAAUGGGACAUAAGUACGUGCACGUGUCUAAGAUCCUUACAGGGACAUAGAGGGCCGGUGUUUUGUGUUAAGGCCGUCCCACACAGGGUCGUGUCCUGCUCUGCCGAUGGAUUCACGAGGGUCUGGGACCUGGAUUUUCCAGAUGGAAAGUACCAAGGUAAGAAUAUUGCCGUUCAAGACAACGUCAUCACGCCGCACACAAUUCAACAGAGUAAUCCCAAAAAAGUUAUUUGAUGGAAGGAGAGAGAGAAAGCAGUUUUGUAGCGCUUCGAUUAUAGAAUAAAUAGUUGUUCUGGUUCGCGUUUUUAUUUCUUUGCUUUCUUCUUGUGUUUUUCUUCGACGUACAGGUGCGAUAUAGUAAAAAGCCGCGUGUAAGAACCGACAUUUUUUAGUCUGGCAACAUAGGUUCUUGUAUCUUGGGGUAGUUAUUGACAAUUUAGGCAAAGCAGGUUGUUAAUUAGGUUCUUAAUUUCGAUGAAGUAGAUAUGGUUGUUGAUUACCAGAAAAAUUUUUAAACCUGGGUUUGGUCCUUGAAUUUUGUUUCCUAACUGUAAUAUGUAUUUUCUUGUAAUGUAGAGUUGUAAUCUGAAAGUCACUCCUUGGUUAAAAUGUUUAUCAUAAAUUUACUGUAACCCACACAUAAGAACCUGCUUGAUCUUGCUUGGCUAAAC